CUGGAACCUCGCAACAAUUCAGAAGGCUCCUGAGGCACAACCACUAACUACCACCAAUCCAAAACGAGGCAAGACAAAACAAAAUGGAAAAUGGAAGCAAGAACGUGUUGAAGCCGAUGGAUUCAGAGCAACUUAGAGAAUACGGACAUCGAAUGGUCGAUUUCAUUGCCGAUUAUUACAAAACCAUCGAUAAGUUCCCUGUUCUUAGCCAAGUUCAGCCAGGUUAUCUUCAUAAGCUCUUGCCUGAUUUCGCACCAUACCACCCUGAAACGAUGGACCAAGUUCUUGAUGAUUUUCGGACGAAGAUAUUGCCUGGAGUAACGCAUUGGCAAAGCCCGAGUUUCUUUGCUUAUUACCCUGCCAACAGCAGUGUUGCCGGGUUCUUGGGUGAAAUGUUGAGUGUUGGUCUUGGAAUUAUUGGUUUUAGUUGGAUAACUUCUCCAGCUGCAACUGAGCUUGAAAUGAUUGUUCUUGAUUGGCUUGCCAAACUGCUCAACCUACCCGAGCAGUUUCUCUCCAAAGGAAAUGGAGGUGGAGUAAUACAAGGGUCAGCUAGUGAAUCUAUUCUUGUUGUUCUGAUUGCUGCACGCAAUAAGGUUUUAAGAAGCGUUGGUCAAAACGCGCUUGAGAAGCUUGUAGUCUACUCCUCUGACCAGACUCAUUCAGCUUUACAAAAGACCUGCCAGAUUGCUGGAAUCUAUCCAGCUAAUUUCAGGGUGCUAGAAACGGACGCCUCUACAAAUUACGCUAUGCGUCCAGAAUUGCUUCAAGAAGCUGUUUCUCAAGAUCUUGAAGCUGGAUUGAUUCCAUUCUUCUUAUGUGCUACUGUUGGAACCACUUCUUCAACCGCCGUUGAUCCAUUAGCUGAGUUGGGAACGAUCGCUAACAAAAAUGGCAUAUGGUUUCACGUAGAUGCAGCUUAUGCUGGAAGUGCUUGUAUAUGUCCAGAGUACCGACAAUACAUUGACGGUGUGGAAACUACAGACUCUUUUAAUACGAGUCCUCACAAAUGGUUACUUACUAAUUUUGAAUGUUCACUACUUUGGGUAAAGGAUCAAGAUUCUCUCACUGAAGCUCUUUCAACAAAUCCAGAGUAUCUCAAAAACAAGGCCUCGCAGGCAAACUUGGUUAUUGAUUACAAAGAUUGGCAAGUCCCUCUCGGACGAAGUUUUAGAUCAUUGAAACUCUGGAUGGUUUUACGGCUCUAUGGAUCUGAGGCCUUAAAGAGAUAUAUAAGAAACCAUAUCAAACUGGCUAGAUAUUUUGAACAACUUGUCUCUCAAGAUCCAAACUUUGAGAUUGUAACUCCUCGGAUCUUUUCUCUUGUCUGUUUCCGCCUCGUGCCUAAGGAAAACGAUGAAAAGAAGUGUAAUAACCAAAACCGCAAACUCCUAGACGCAGUGAACUCUUCAGGGAAACUCUUCAUUUCUCACACUGUUUUGUCGGGAAAAGUAGUACUUCGUUGCGCCAUAGGAGCACCAUUGACGGAGGAGAAGCAUGUGACGGAGGCGUGGAAGGUUAUUCAAGAUGAAGCAUCUUUCUUGCUUCACAAGUAAAUAGUAUAAGAUUUUUUUAAAAAUGCUCUAGUAGUUUGCAAACAAACUAGAGCAUUUGGGUUUGGUUUGGUUUAAUUUGAUUUGAUUAUAAUUAUUUAAUAAUAAUAAUAAUAAAAUCAAAUAAAAACUUGCUAAAGUCAGAGAAUAAUCACCAAUGGUUUUGAUUUCUGUACACUUAAGCAAGGUAGUCAUGCAUGUGUGAUUGUGUGUAUUGUAUCCUCUUUAUUUUC